AUGCUUCGCCUCGGAGACGCACGCUUCGAGCCUUUCCACCACAGCAGAGUGCCGCCGAAUCUGGCCAAAGUUACUCGCAGCUACCAUCAACCGCAUGUGUUCCAGUCCGGCAUCGAGAUCGACUACGACGUCUUGCACGAGCCCAAUUUGGAGUGCAUCACCAAUCCUGCAAUGGCUUUCUUGGAGCAUAAGCUGGCCCAGCCCGAGUUCGGAGGGUUGACGAUGGAGGAGGUACAUCAGCUGGCCAGUCUGGUACGGGUGGCGCCAUCACCAGAUGCCACUCACCCGCCGCUUGAAUAG